AUGAUUACCUCGGGCAUCGGCGCCGACGUUGAUUCCGCCAUCGACCAAGACUUAAAAGCACUGGUCGAUACAACAACCGAACAAGUCACUUUCGAUCCUGCCUUGAAAGACUCGCUGAUGCUCCAGACGCCGGGCAAGGAGCUUUCCGACCCAGAGAUUCUCAAAUGCUCGACCAGGCUUAACAAGCCGACUCCUACGGCCGAGUUUCUGGAUACCAACACGAAAUGGCUCCAGUACUGGAACCGGUAUUCGCAUGCAGUCAAGGUGCCGUUCAUGUACGGGAUAAGCGAGUUUGAUGUGCUCUUAUUAUCGACCCAAGAGGCACUAGAGAAAUAUCGUAACGCGUUUCCAUGCAGUUCCCGCAUCGAGUGUAGCAUGGUGCCCGAGGCGCCGCAUUAUAUUGAACUGAGCUAUCAAGGUAGAGGGUGGUUGGCGAGAUGUUGUGGAUUUGCGCUCGAAUGCGCGGGUUGA